AUCCUUGCCGAAAAAACAGACGGAUUUUCGGGCUAUGAUAUCUCGAUUGUUGUGCGCGAAGCUCUGAUGCAACCGAUUCGUAAAGUACAAACCGCCACGCAUUUCAAAUACACUUCCGGACCAUCUCCUUCAAAUCCCAAAAUAAUUGUGCAUGACCUGUUAACACCAUGUUCACCUGGUGAUCCAGGCGCCAUGCCCAUGUCGUUUAUGGAUGUACCGGCCGAUAAGUUAGCCGAACCUGUUCUUUCAAUGGUAAUUUUUUAA